GUGCCUUCCUCAUACCAUAUAUAGUGAUGUUGUUUACAAUGGGCCUGCCGUUGUUUUACCUGGAACUAAUCGUCGGCCAGUUUUCGGGCCUCGGGGCCAAUGUGGCCUUCUACAGAAUGGCACCCCUCUUCCAAGGUGUGGGAUACUGUACUUUGUUUGUCAUCUACCUCAUCACUUUAUAUUACCACGUCAUCACCGCAUGGACACUCUUCUACACCGCUGCCAGCUUCUCGUCAGUUCUGGGUUGGAGUAAUUGUAACCAUGACUUCAACAGUUUAAAUUGUUACAGUUUCGACGACGACCAGAAGUGCCGAGAACAGAACGCAGACGUUGCUCAGACAUUUUGGAAUCGCACGUGCCUGGCCGUCAAGGACGUGUGCGAGAGCAAGGGCUUCUCCUACGUUUCUGGUUUCGAUUGCAUCCACACCGUCAACGGAACGAGCAUCGCUCUACGAGAAGUCCUCUCCGAACGGGUGAUGGCAUCUGAAGAGUUUUACGUGGACUACGCCAUGGGGGUGCGGGGCGCCACGUGGAGCCACUGGGGGGGUAUGCGCUGGGAGAUGGUGGGCUGGCUGGCGCUGGCCUGGGUCAUCGCCUACCUCUGCCUCAUCCGGGGAGUGCAGAGCAUGGGCAAGGUGGUCUACUUCACCGCUCUCUUCCCCUACGUGGUGCUCACCGCUCUUCUGGUGCGAGGAGCGACGCUCGACGGCGCGGCGGACGGCGUGUACUUCUACAUGAAGCCCGACUUCUCGGAGCUCCUGAAGCCCGCUGUGUGGGGCGACGCCGCGUCGCAGACGUUCUACGCCCUGGGAAUCAGCUGCGCCUCGCUCGUCACGCUCUCCUCCUACAACAAGUUCAACAACAACUGCCAUCGGGACGCGGUGUUCGUGGCCAUAGCGAACCUGCUGACCGCCAUCUUCGCCGGCUUCGGCGUGUUCUGCGUGCUGGGCGUGAUGGCCAAGGAGACGGGCCAGGAGGUGAAGGACGUGGUGGACUCGGGGCCCGGCUUGGCCUUCAUCGCGUACCCGGAGGCGAUCUCGCGCAUGCCGCUGCCGCAGCUCUGGGCCGUGCUCUUCUUCCUCAUGCUCUUCGUGCUGGGUCUCGGCUCGCAGGUUACUAAUGCAUUAGCUUUAUCAACCAUUGUAGUAGUAGUAGUAGUAGUUGUUGUUUUUGUUAUUAUUAUUAUUAUUAUUAUUAUUAUUAUUAUUAUUAUUAUUAGCUCU